CCGCCCCCGCGUUUGGAAAAAGGAAAAAAAAAGGCCGAAGCACUUCAUCAUGCCAAUGCUUUGCGUGUUCUCUUCAGGGGCUACCUGUCAACAUCCGUAUCGCCAGCUGAGCUGACCCAACUUUUGGGCCUGUCAGAAGGUGGAAAAGCCGCUUGGACCACGUUCACUCGUGCCGAAAGACCCCGCAUGAUCGCAUUGACUCUUUGUGAACGACAUGCUAACGGAAUUCGGGCAUGUUUCCUCCUCUUCAGCAGGCGGGAGUCGGAACGUCGGAGAAGGCGCGUCGAGUGACGCAUUUUUGCUCAGCUCUUCCAUUCUAUGAUGUUUCGAGGUUAUCGCAGGCCAGGAAUGGUAUAAGAAGCAGGGCAUUGUAGAGAGAAGGAACAUGUCUCUACACAGCCAACAACAAUGGUGAGGCUCGAAGAUGUCCUUGAGUCCAACUCGCGCAUUGCAAGCGAGCUUCCCCCUGGUCUUGUUGCCGUCUUCGUGGGAGCGACGAGCGGCAUCGGUCGAGCAACGUUGCUUCGCUUUGCGAGCCAUGUCACCAAACCCCGUAUAUACUUUGUAGGACGCUCAGAGGUCAAGGCUGGACAGGUGCUGGCUGAGCUUAACAAGGUAAAUCCCUCGGGCACCUAUCAUUUCCUCAAAGCAGACGUUGGCCUGCUGCGGAAUGUCGACAAGGUUACGGAAGAAAUUAAGGCCAAGGAGUCUAGGGUCAAUCUGCUCUUCCUCACAAACGGAACGCUGAUAUUUGGAACGAAAACCGAAGAGGGCCUUCACUACGCAGCUGCAGUUUCCUACUACGCUCGCGUCCGCUUCAUCACCAACCUUUUGCCCCUCAUCAAAGAUGCUCCUGGCCUACGCCGUGUCGUAUCCGUCUUUGUUGCAGGCAAGGAGGGCGUGGUGUUCCCAGACGACCUCCAGGGAAACACGGUGCCUUUUCGACAGCAAAUUGCACAUGCAGCCACAAUGACGACGCUAUCUCUUGAGGCUGCCGCCCGAGAGGCCCCGCAAGUAUCGUUCAUCCACAACUUUCCAGGUCGCGUCUCGACGGACCUGAUACGUGGCGAGGGUGAAGCGUGGUUCUUGCGCGUGAUGAAUGUUCUCUUCCGCAUCGCGAGCCCAUUGAUUUGCAUGUCUCAUGAGGAGUGCGGUCAGCGCCACAGCUUUUUGGCCACCAGUGCCAUGUACUCUCCAGCACAGUCCGGGGAUGGAGAUGGUGUCGUGCUCCGCUCUGAACAAGAAAAGGCUAGGAGCAUCACCGGCAGCGUCGGCGCAGGGGUCUACUCGAUCCUCUCUGACGGCCAGAGCGUCGGACCCGAAAUCGAGCACCUCUUGGCCAAGUUCCGAUCUGAUGGCUACGUCGAACGCAUCUGGGCCAACACCAAAGCAGACAUCAAGCAAGUAACUGGCUCGUAGUCUAUCCCUCGUCACGCCCUCCCUACCUAUGUUCUUUGGUUGCUUGCGAAUGAUGCUACCC